CAUGGAUACUCAAGUAAAGCAUGCAGUGGUUGUUAAGGUGAUGGGGCGAACAGGAUCAAGGGGUCAAGUGACCCAAGUUAGGGUCAAGUUCUUAGAUGAUCAGAACCGUCUCAUUAUGCGAAAUGUUAAGGGCCCGGUCAGAGAGGGCGAUAUCCUUACCCUUCUUGAGUCCGAAAGAGAAGCUAGGAGGCUUCGCUGAUUCCUCCUUCGCUGGCUUUAUGCCUUUUGGUUUUUGCCUCUUAGUUGCUUCCUGUUUUCUGUUAUUUUGGAUAUGCCUAUGUUUUGUAUGACAUGAUUAAAAGCUAAAUUGUAUUUGUCCUAGAACUUGCUAAAAGUUGGGAUUUGAUAACUUACUGUGUUCUAUCUUUUUAUUGGUGCUGGAUUUUUUUUUAUGCUAAAGGUUAGGUGCGUGUGGCGUUCUUCUUUC